GACCUUCCUUUCAUUCUUCUCCCCUUCCCCUGCUUUUCCUUCCAGCCCACUUUCUCUCUCCUCUGUAUUUGUCCCUUCUCUCUCUUACCAAAUCAUUUCUUCAAUCAUCAUUUUCUCGUAAACCCUAAAUUUACCGAACCUAGAAAAUCAAAAUACCCCUUUCUAAUUUAAUUUCUAGCAUCUCUGAACUUUAUUGCUCAUUUCUCUGAGUUUUUUUUUUGGCUUCUCCCCCCUUUUGGGGAAGGGGGGAUGCUCGAUUUCCGAAGGAAUUGAGCUUUUUUGGAUCCGAAUUAUCAACUUCAGCUUGUAAUUUUUUUGGGUUUAUUUUUUGGGUAGAAUUCAAAUAUGGGGGGUUCUGAGCAGCAGCUUAAUAGUAUUUCAUCUACUCCUCCGUUGCCAUUGAAAAGGCAUGUAAUUAAUAAGCCGAUUUCGCUUGCGGGUCCUACCGAGGUUGAUCUUAUACGAAAUGCUGAAUUAGGAAAGUUUUUGAUUGAUUCGGAGCUUUAUGAGAGCAACGAAGAAGGAGAUAAGAGAGAGGAGGUUCUUAAUCGGAUUCGCGAGAUUGUGAAAGGGUGGGUAAAGCAGCUGACUCGCCAAAGAGGAUACACGGAUCAAAUGGUAGAUGAUGCAAAUGCUCUGAUUUAUACUUUUGGGUCUUAUCGAUUAGGGGUGCAUGGACCUGGGGCUGACAUUGAUACUCUGUGCGUUGGGCCUUCCUAUGUAAACCGUGAUGAAGACUUCUUUAUAAUAUUGCAUGACAUUCUGGCUGAAACUGAAGAAGUCACUGAGCUUCAGCCAGUCCCUGAUGCUCAUGUCCCUGUAAUGAAAUUCAAAUUUCAAGGAGUAUCUGUUGACCUCCUCUAUGCAAGUGUUUCAAUGCUGGUUGUUCCUGAUGACUUGGACAUAUCAGAUGGCUCCAUACUUCACAAUGUUGAUGAGCCAACAGUACGUAGUCUGAAUGGAUGUCGAGUUGCAGACCAAAUUCUUAAGCUAGUUCCUAAUGUUGAGCACUUCCGAACAACACUAAGAUGUCUCAAGUUUUGGGCAAAGCGACGGGGUGUCUAUUCAAAUGUGACUGGAUUUCUUGGUGGUGUGAACUGGGCUCUAUUAGUUGCCAGAGUAUGCCAACUAUACCCAAAUGCUACUCCUAGCAUGUUACUUUCUCGAUUUUUUAGAGUUUAUACACAAUGGCGUUGGCCAAAUCCUGUGAUGCUCUGUCCAAUUGAAGAGGAGGAUCUUGGUUUCCCUGUGUGGGAUCCUCGUAAAAACCCUCGGGACCGCACCCAUCAUAUGCCAAUUAUUACUCCUGCAUACCCGUGCAUGAACUCUAGCUACAAUGUCUCAACAAGUACGCUCCGUGUUAUGAUGGAGCAGUUUGAUCAUGGCAAUAAAAUUUGUCAGGAGAUUGAGUUGACAAAGGCCCAAUGGAGUACUCUUUUUGAGCCAUAUCUUUUCUUUGAGUCGUACAAAAAUUACUUGCAAGUUGAUAUUGUUGCAGAAGAUGCAGUUGAUUUGCUGGCUUGGAGAGGCUGGGUAGAAUCUCGGCUUCGACAGCUUACCUUGAAGAUAGAGAGAGACACAAAUGGCAUGUUGCAGUGCCAUCCUUACCCAUAUGAGUUUGUAGACACAUCUAAGCAGUGUGGCCACUGUGCUUUCUUCUUGGGGUUGCAGAGGAAACAAGGCGAGAAAGUUAAAGAAGGUCAGCAGUUUGAUAUUCGUGGAACUGUUGAUGAAUUUAGGCAGGAAGUCAAUAUGUAUAUGUAUUGGAAACCUGGCAUGGAUAUAUAUGUGUCUCAUGUUCGUAGAAAGCAGCUUCCUCCAUAUGUUUUUCCUGAAGGCUAUAAACGACCUCGAAGACACAUGAGCCACCAGGUUGAGAAGAUGUGUGGUGAUGCUGAAGGGGAUACCGCUGUGUCUGCUGAUAGACCACUCAAGAGGCGGACGGAUUCUAAGAUGGGGGAUAUGACCCCAUCACGUCUUGAGAAGAAGGCAUCUAUCAGUCCACAACGGCUGGAAACUCUUUCACCAGAGUUCACUUCUAGAUUUUACACUCCUUCACCUUUGAGCUCAACCUCAGAUAUGCUUAUCCACUCGCAAGAUACACCAUCAUUUCUGGAUGGUGACAGAAGUAUGGACUCACACAACGUGUUUCUAGACAAGAUCAGUCAUAGUACCAUUUUACUGGCGAAGCAGGAUAUUAAGGAUAGUAUUUCUGCGCUUGAAAAUGAAGCAAGUAUAGAGGAGGCACUUCCAAAGGAUGUCUCCGGUCAGGAGACUCUUGAUAUCUGUAAUCGAAUUAAGGAUGCUUGUCUGGUUAGAAAGGAUGAAGAAACCUCUAGCCUUCAGAAUUGUCAGACUGAAUCUUUCCGGAGAGCGAAGGACCUAAUAGAGAGGGCUGCAAAGGAUGAUAUUGAUGAAGUCAUGGGUCAUAGUGAGCAGACCGAGGGAGCUGAAAACGGGAUCCAAUUUGGGUCAAGCGCCGACACUCAGACUCUCAAUCAUGAGGAUGAUCAACACGGGGCAGAUCCUGAUUUGCAUUCGGAUAAUGGAUAUCUGGGCGGGACUGGUGUUUUCCAGGGUGGAUCCGCGGAAGAGCUAGAGUCAAGUACUGCGGCUGGCAUGGCCAUAGAAACUCGAGGUAGAACUACAAAUUCCGCAAACUUGUUGAGGCAGAGAUUGACGGCACAGAAUGUUAGAAGUAUCAUCCUAUCUUAUGAUGAAGCACUUGUAUAUAGAAGUACCGCAGACUCGGUAAGUUCCAAAAAUUUACUGCUGGAUUAAAUUAUGGUUUUCCAGGUGCACUUUGCUCCAACCUUGUCACGAAGGAGCAAACAGCUGCAAUGAGUUCAUGUGCCCAUAAUUGUGUGAGAUAUGUAUGAUUAAGGAUGUGGUGUAGUUUGUGGGGUCAGAGCCGCCAUUGUAGCAGGUCUCUAUGCAGCUUGCUACAAAAGCUGCUGAAUGCUGUGGAUCUGGGAACCCUCAACUAGGGUCAUCAGCAGCAGGGGAGACUUGAGACCAGACUACAAAGGGAUCUUCACCACAUCAUGUAGGACUUUAUUUUAUGUAUUGCACCAACCAGAAAAAGAAAAAAAAAAUGAAAAAGGAAAGUUAAAAAAAAAAUGGAAAAAUUAGAGUAAUGUAGAGUGGCUGACGAAGUGUGAUUUAUCGCGGGAUUAGUGUUUAGAUUUUAAAUCCAUGAAUUUUAGUUUGUAAACUUGUGUUAUGUAGUAUCUCCAAUGAGAAUGUGAAAUGUUGACUUAAUACUGAAAUUUUCUUCUUUCA